AUGCCGCCAACAAAAGGAGGGAAGCGGCCUCUUCCCAUGGGCGGGAAAGGCAAAGGAAAGCGACCUGCAAGCGCCACGCGGAAGGCUUCGGGCGGUAAGAAAAAGGGGGGCGCUCGCCGAGGGAAGAAGCAGCAGCGGUGGGAUCUGUACAUCCACAGGACCCUGCGUCAAGUUUACAAGCGUGGGACGCUUUCCAAGGCGGCCGUGCGUGUGCUUUCGUCCUUUAUUGAGGACAUGUACAGCAAGAUUCAGAGCGAAGCAGUUCAUGUGGCGUGCAUAAACAACGUGAAGACACUGACGGCACGUGAAAUUCAAACAUCUGCUCGUCUGCUUCUGCCGCCAGAACUCGCCAAGCAUGCAAUGAGCGAGGGCACAAAGGCUGUUGCCAAAUAUAACGCUUCACGCGAAGAGGCCUACGCGAAGGUGGUGUAG